AUGGAGACAAGUUGUUUCUUUGAUAUCGACAAUGAGUCGGCGUCAAUUGUAGGUGAUUCUGAAGGAGAAGAAGAAAAAAAUAUUUACCUGGACAGGUUUGGACACUUUUAGCUAGGUAGCUAGCUACCGACACUUCUAGCUAGCUAGCUAACGUUAGUUAGAUAACUUCUAGCAAACCCAGUUCUCCGGUUGUCGCUAGUUACCACAGCCACAAAGUCAUAAUUGGCAACAUAUAAAAAUCCAUGAACAUAAAAUAGUUUUUUGUAUAAGGUUAGCAGUAUGGUUAAUGUUAGGUUUAAAAUCAGAUUUUAAGAAAAUAAAUAGUAGAACUAGGCGGGAUUUAGCCAUAAUUAUGACCUUGUGGCUGUGUUAACUAAUGACGACCCAGUUCUCCAGCCGAAUUUAAAUUUUUCGUGGAUGAAAUAGCUGACUAAAGUAUUUUUAUGAAAUGUGUUCUCUUGUGCCAAAGUGAUCUGCUGUGGGACUGCUAGGUCGACUAUGUCUGGUUAGUAGCUAGCUACCAUUUAGGUAGCUAACAUUAGUUACUUUCUUCAUUUUGUUUUUUACAGAUUGAUGCUUGCAGAUUUGUUAGACUCGCCAUACACACGUAAUUUGUCCACACCACUCACCAUCAAUGGCUGUACAGACGGUAAGUUGGCCCUUCCAGCAAGGGUUCGGGCUACCUUGAGAAAUAAAGCAAAUUUGAACAAACUGCCAUAUCUUUGACACCUUUCACCGUUUCUGAUGUGAUACCAUGCCUGUCCGCUAGGGUUUUCUCCUCAGAUAGCGAUGUUGACUUGUAGACGUUUGGAUGGCAUGGACCAAGUGCGUCUCACACCUGAGAAGGUAGCUUGUGCAACAGUAGCUCUCAAAACCCCUUUUUCUCUUGGGUUUUCUGAGGUGACAUUCGCCCACGGUUGGCUCCAUGUGAACUACAAUUCAGAUGCUGUGUUUUAAACAUUUUGAAACGUCAAUCAUCGCUUUCAAACAGGUUUUUGAAACAUAUGGUGAUAUGCCCCUCUUUCAUUUUGGCGAAAAAUAAUCUUUCAAAUAAAACACAUGCACUUACUGUAGCAAUUUUGCACAGAUCCACAAGCUGUGUGUGCCUCCAGUUGACGAACUACACUUUCUCCCCAGCUAGCUUACACACGUGUUCGGAGCACGCUAGUGUGGGAACCCUAACCCUAUAUAAAAAUGUGUUGUAAUUUAACCUUUUGUUUUUUGAAAAUUAUUUCUCGCUGAUAUUAAAGAUACGUUCAUUAUGUUUCCAAAACCAUACCGCAAGCGUUGCGUUUUAACGAUCAGAACAAGGGUCUUUGAUCUUAAUAAAAUCCCCCGACCAGAAUAUACUAUUGUAAAUAGGCACUAAAGCAGUUCCUGUCUAUAACCACGUUUCCAUCCACAGUUUUUAUGUGAGUAAAGUCAUACCGUAUAAUAAAAUAAUCACGACAGAUGUGAAGGAAACAGGAAGUUUCGGUACAAUUUUAUAAAUGGCAACAGAUAAUUUGUUUGUUCGACAUGGUAACUUUGUGUCAGCAAAAUAAAUGAUGGGCAAAUUGCCUGUGGAAAUGCCUUUAAGCGCAAACAUUGAUAUAAUAACCAUCAUAUCCACGCGCAAACAUUGAUAUAAUAACCAUCAUAUCGAAGUAAACUUGGAGUCACGCGAUGAUAUGGUGUGUGGUCCUCCCACUACAACUCGGGAAAGCAUGCAGUUUAUUAGGCUACAGAUGAAAUAAGUUAUGAUGAAUUUCACAGGGUGGUGAAAGUGCACAGUGAUGAGCUUGAUGCUCCUUUCCAAUAAAUAUCAAGGGUCUUAUUCUGGUGACAUGAUGGUCGAUGGCAGCCGAUUGACAAAUACAAAUUUGAAAAUAAAGCUAUUUUCUCCAUGAUAAUCUCAUCAUGUAUUGGCUAUACCCGCACUGUAUCUGCGAGUGGUUGGCUAGUGCGCACGUGCCAAUAACAGAGUGGGCACAUUUGCUAUAUAACGCACAUUUUUUUGGUAACAAAACCAUCAGUAGAGUUGAAAAUGCGAUGGAAACCCAUUUAACUUGUAGUUUUUUAUUCAGUACAUGGGAAUUUAAUCGUACGUCAUAACGCACAGACUUUUAUCCGCAAAAGUAAAUUUGAUGGAAACAUCUCUGGUGGAAAAAUUGGCAUAUUUUAUUUAUGCGGAUUCUAGACUUAUUCGCAUUAAAAUCUGUCGCCAAUUGGAUGGAAACCUAGGAAGUGAAUGGGUUAGUGCAGCAGUAGUGUUUUACACAAAAUAAAGUCCUAGUUUACAUGUUCUGUCACUCUUUUUUUCAACAACUAUUUAUCGGAUUAGAAUGUGUUUUGACAAUUUUUUUCCUUCUGCAGAUCCAAUCCCCAUAUUUGUCAAGGUGUGUAUAAUCCAUUUAGCUAUAUCAUAUCAAGUUUUAGUUAUCAGUGCAUGUUUAUGGUUAACUGUGUAACGUUAGACUUAUCUAAUCAUGAGUAAAAUACCAUUCUACUUCUCUGUUGAUUACUUACUAAUUUCCUCCCCUUUUCAACGCUAGGAGUUCUGGGAAUCCAGAUGACGAGAAAGGAAUGGAUAGUAUUAUCGCUCAAGGACAUGAUGGAGGUGUGUGUGUGUGUAUGAGUAUGAGUUUUCAAGGCCGCAUUGCUAGCUGGCAUUUGACAGAUUACACUCUGAAUGUAUGCCUGCCCUAUCUAGCUAGUCCCACUGACGACUAUUAAUGAUGGUAGUUUAUCACCAGUUGUAGAGUGAAGCAACUGCUUUGGUGGCACUUAACCCAAUUUAUGCAUCCCAAAUGGUACCCUAUUCCCUAUGUAGUACACUCAUUUUCUGAUCCACACCCAUACUUUGUUUUAAAGCUAUCUGUGACCAACAGAUGCAUAUCUGUAUUCCCAGUCAUGAGUUUGCUAUCAUUUAUUUCUGCCAGUAUGCUAUUUUUCCGCUGUAUUGUACAUCACAGAUUAAUACUGUUAAGGCUAACAACACCUAUUUACCAGCGUAUGUUGUUUUUUAAUUUAUGCUUUACAGAAGACAGUAAGGGGAUGAAAGAAGAAGACUCCUCCGAGGGGUCAGUGUCCCAUUCACACAGGGAGGGUACACAGCGGACCCUCGGGGACGUAAUCCCAAAACUUUCCCGGGGUGGUGGUGAUUGUGACCUCUCACAGAAGGAGACAGGUGCAGAGCCCAAGAGACAGACCAGGCUGACUGACAGUCAGACACAGGGGAGUAAACAGACCAGACCAAUGGAGGGAAGCAGACCAACCAGGCAGACCAGAGGGACCAGACAGAAUGACAACCAGGCACAGGAGAACCAACCGGUAAAGGGAGGGAACAUCCUCAACACUUUCCUUUUGCGUAAAAAUAGUGCACGGGUAGACGGAGUGCCAAUCUGUUUGUGAUGUCAUGCCAAAGAGUGACAAGGAGAUUGCAUGACAGCACAAACAGUGAAAGGGUGCUUGAAGUCAACAGUAAACAAAGACUUCAAUUGCAACUACAUUAAGUGAUUGCUGGUCCCCUGUUUUCAGUCCAGACAGAGCAGGGGCAACAACAGACAGAAUCAGGAGACCAGUAGACAGUCAAAGGGAACACCAUAGAGAUCCUAUUCAAUUAGGAUCUAAUUCUGUGGGGAACAUGCUCAACUCUCUCCACUUCCAUAAAAACAGUGAAAGGAGGCUUGGAAGUCAACAGUGAACAAACAAAGACUUCAAUAGCCAUUACAUCAAAUGAUUGCUGGUACACUUUUUUCAUUGUUAGGAGAACAGACAGACCAGGCAGAGUGACAGUCAGAGCCAGGAGACCAGCAGACCAACCAGGCAGACUGACAGACAGAAGCAGGAGACCAGCGGACCAUCCAGACAGACCAGGCUGACUGACAGCCAGAAGCAGGAGACCAGUGAACCAACCAGACAGACCAGGCAGACUGACAGACAGAAGCAGGAGACCAGCGGACCAUCCAGACAGACCAGGCAGAGUGACAGCCAGAAGCAGGAGACCAGUGAACCAACCAGACAGACCAGGCUGACUGACAGCCAGAAGCAGGAGACCAGCGGACCAACCAGACAGACCAGGCUGACUGACAGCCAGAAGCAGGAGACCAGCGGACCAACGAGAGAGACCAGGCAGACUGACAGCCAGAAGCAGGAGACCAGCGGACCAACGAGAGAGACCAGGCAGACUGACAGACAGAAGCAGGAGACCAGCGGACCAACGAGAGAGACCAGGCUGACUGACAGCCAGAAGCAGGAGACCAGUGAACCAACCAGACAGACCAGGCAGAGUGACAGCCAGAACAGGCCAGGGACACUGAGAGGUAGGCUUACUAACACUCAGCACUGAGCAUAGGAUAAUAUUCACAUGUAUCUGAGUGUCACAUGAAUGUCGUAUUGAGACAAUUCAAACAAGGCAACAGUAAACAUGCCAUCCUACACCAAUGAUGCAGCGCCCCCCUUGGGCCAAUCAGUAUAAUUUUGUAAAUGCUGGAUCUCUAUGGCAAGACGCAUCAUUCACUCAAGUGUCCUGAAAUUCGGGCCAGUGGUGUCUGAGAUAUCGCGUGGGUUAGCUAGACUCAUAUCCCUGAGCAUGUUUGCCAAAUUUCAUCACUCUUGAGUCAAAAAUGUCAAGAGAUACAGUGGGGAGAACAAGUAUUUGAUACACUGCCGAUUUUUCAGGUUUUCCUACUUACAAAGCAUGUAGAGGUCUGUAAUUUUUAUCAUAGGUACACUUCAACUGUGAGAGACGGAAUCUAAAACAAAAAUCCAGAAAAUCACAUUGUAUGAUUUUUAAGUAAUUCAUUUGCAUUUUAUUGCAUGACAUAGGUAUUUGAUCACCUACCAACCAGUAAGAAUUCCGGCUCUCACAGACCAUUAAGAAGCCCUCCUGUUCUCCACUCGUUACCUGUAUUAACUGCACCUGUUUGAACUUGUUACCUGUAUAAAAGACACCUGUCCACACACUCAAUCAAACAGACUCCAACCUCUCCACAAUGGCCAAGACCAGAGAGCUGUGUAAGGACAUCUGGGAUAAAAUUGUAGACCUGGACAAGGCUGGGAUGGGCUACAGGACAAUAAGCAAGCAGCUUGGUGAGAAGGCAACAACUGUUGGCGCAAUUAUUAGAAAAUGGAAGAAGUUCAAGAUGACGGUCAAUCACCCUCGGUCUGGGGCUCCAUGCAAGAUCUCACCUCGUGGGGCAUCAAUGAUCAUGAGGAAGGUGAGGGAUCAACCCAGAACUACACGGCAGGACCUGGUCAAUGACCUGAAGAGAGCUGGGACCACAGUCUCAAAGAAAACCAUUAGUAACACACUACGCCGUCAUGGAUUAAAAUACUGCAGCGCACGCAAGGUCCCCCUGCUCAAGCCAGCGCAUGUCCAGGCCCGUCUGAAGUUUGCCAAUGACCAUCUGGAUGAUCCAGAGGAGGAAUGUAAGAAGGUCAUGUGGUCUGAUGAGACAAAAAUAGAGCUUUUUGGUCUAAACUCCACUCGCCGUGUUUGGAGGAAGAAGAAGGAUGAGUACAACCCCAAGAACACCAUCCCAACCGUGAAGCAUGGAGGUGGAAACAUAAUUCUUUGGGGAUGCUUUUCUGCAAAGUUACAGGAUGACUGCACUGUAUUGAGGGGAGGAUGGAUGGGGCCAUGUAUCGCGAGAUCUUGGCCAACAACCUCCUCUCAGUAAGAGCAUUGAAGAUGGGUCGUGGCUGGGUCUUCCAGCAUGACAACGACCCGAAACACACAGCCAGGGCAACUAAGGAGUGGCUCCGUAAGAAGCAUCUCAAGGUCCUGGAGUGGCCUAGCCAGUCUCCAGACCUGAACCCAAUAGAACAUCUUUGGAGGGAGCUGAAAGUCCGUAUUGCCCAGCGACAGCCCCGAAACCUGAAGGAUCUGGAGAAGGUCUGUAUGGAGGAGUGGGCCAAAAUCCCUGCUGCAGUGUGUGCAAACCUGGUCAAGACCUACAGGAAACGUAUGAUCUCUGUAAUUGCAAACAAAGGUUUCUGUACCAAAUAUUAAGCUCUGCUUUUCUGAUGUAUCAAAUACUUAUGUCAUGCAAUAAAAUGCAAAUUAAUUACUUAAAAAUCAUACAAUGUGAUUUUCUGGAUUUCUGCAGUGUAUCAAAUACUUGUUCUCCCCACUGUAUAAACAUGUGCCUGUUAAAGCGCCACCGUGUGGUUGAUAUGAAUGUUCUUGCAUAUUUUGAGUCUUGACAGGGUUUGCAACGUGUACCAAAAUGUGUUACAAUACGAAUAUCCUUGACUGAAUUAUAUGCUUUUAUGUGCCAGACCACGCCCACAUUAAUGUUUAUUGGUCAGUAGCAGCCAUGUUGUUUUAGGUACUUGUCUGGAAAGUAUUGCAUUGAGAGACCUUUGUCCAUAGAUGUCACAUAUCAAGUUUCGUGCAGAUCGGUCAUUCGGUGCCAGAAUAAAUCAAUGACAUUUAUUUAUAAAGCCCUUUUUACAUCAGCAGUUGUCACAAAGUGCUUAUACAGAAACCCAGCCUAAAACCCAAAAGAGCAAGCAAUGCAGAUGUAGAAGCAAAGUGGCUAGGAAAAACUCCCUAGAAAGGCAGGAACCUUAGAUGAAACCUAGAGAGGAAACAGGCUCUGAGGGGUGGCCAGUCCCCUUCUGGCUGUGCCGGGUAGAGAUUAUACGAGUACAUGGCCAUUAAGGCCAGAUCGUUCUUCAAGAUGUUCAAACGUUCAUAGAUGACCAGCAGGGUCAAAUAAUAAUCAUAGUGGUUAUAGAGGGUGCAACAGGUCAGCACCUCAAGAGUAAAUGUCAGUUUCCUUUUCAUAGCCGAGCAUUCAGAGGUCAAGACAGCAGGUGAGGGAGAGAAAGGGAGAGAGAGAGGGUCGAAACAGGAGGUCUGGGACAAGGUAGCACGACCGGUGAACAGAUCAGGGUUCCAUAGCAACAGGCAGAACAGUAGUAACUGGAUCAGCAGCACGACCAGGUGGACUGGGGGCGGGGACAGCCAGGAGUCAUCAGGCAAGGUAGUCCUGAGGCGUGGUCCUAGGGCUCAGGUCCUCCCGGAGGGGAGGGAGGGAGAGGGAUAUCAACAGACCACUAACUUACUAUCCUGAGACAAGGCCAAGUAUAGCCAUGAAGAUCUCCCCCAUCGCACAAGCCCGAGGGUGCGCAAAACCGGACAGGAAGACCUCGUCAGUCACUCAACCCACUCAUGUCGAGUUUAGCGAAAAAAGCCUGGCCCGACGUGAUGCACCACUCAAAUGGACGGCAUGGGAGAGCGCAAGCAUGUGGUCAGAGGCAAAGAAUCCCAGUGGAGAGAGGGGAGCAGCAAGGGUGGUUCAUCACUCCAGUGACUUGCCGUUCACCUUCACACUGCUGGGCCAGACCACACUCAAUCAUAGGACCUACUGAAGAGAUGAGUCUUCAGUAAUGACUUAAAGGUUGAAACUUGAGUCUGCUUCUUUCACAUGGAUCAGCAGACCAUUCUAUGAAAAUGUUACUCUAUAGGAGAAAAACCUGCCUCCAGCUGUUUACUUAGAAAUUAUAGAGACAAUAAGGAGGCCUGCGUCUUGUGACCGUAGCGUAUGUGUAGGUAUGUACAGCAGGACCAAAUCGGAGAGAUAGGUAGGAGCAAGUCCAUGUAAUGCUUUAUAGGUUAGCAGUAAAACAUUGAAAUCAGUCCUAGCCUUAACAGGAAGCCAGUUAGAGGCUAGCGCUGGAGUAAUAUGAUAACAUUUUGGGGUUCUAGUUAAGGAUUCUAGCAGCCGUUUUUAGCACUAGCUGAAGUUUAUUUAGUGCCUUAUCCGGGUAGCUGGAGAAUUGAACAUUGCAGUAGUCUAAUCUUGAAGUGACAAAAGCAUGGAUUAGCUUUUCUGCAUCUUUUUUGGAACGAGAAUUUCAGAUUUUUGCAAUGUUACUAAGAUGGAAAAAAAGCGGCUCUUGAAUAUUUUUGAUAUGUUCGUCAAAAGAGAGAUCGGGGUCCAGAGUAACGCUGAGGUCCUUCACAGUUAUAUUUUAGACGACUGUACAACCAGGGUGGGAAAUUAACUUUUUGGUCCACCAGCCACUGUGGCAGGUAGAUUAAAAAAUCUACCAGCCACUCAGACUGUUGACCAACCACAUUUUUUGUUGUUGCCAUAAUUACACAAAAACAAGAAAUGUAUUACUAGUAAGAAGAAAUGUGGUAUAUUGCUCAAUUCAAUUUCAUUUUUGUGACCAGUCUUUUAACCAAUGUAUGUUCAAAAAAAUCAUUUAGAUACAAUAGUAAAAAGUAAAACAGAUAAACCGUUGUACAACUGAACAUCAAGAAUCAACAAAGUGCCUGCCCUGCCACAACAUUACAGCUUAUUUGUUAUUAUAGCUCAAGGCUCUAAUGCUGACAUGUUUUACAAGGAUUAAAAGUUGAUUACUCUUAAAUACUUAAAUAGAUUACUUAAAUAAAUUGAUAUUUAGGAGCACAUAUACUAUACACCCCUUCAAAUUGGUGGAUUUGGCUAUUUCAGCCACACCCGUUGCUGACAGGUGUAUAAAACCGUUCCAACAAGUCAGUUCGUCAAAUUUCUGCCUCCGCACACAAGCCUAAGAUCAACAUGCGCAAUGCCAAGCGUCGGCUGGAGUGGUGUAAAGCUUGCCGCCAUUGGACUCUGGAGCAGUGGAAACGCGUUCUCUGGAGUGAUGAAUCACGCUUCACCAUCUGGCAGUCCGACGGACAAAUCUGAGUUUGGUGGAUGCCAGGAGAACGCUACCUGCCCCAAUGUAUAGCGCCGACUGUAAAGUUUGUGGAGGAGGAAUAAUAGUCUAGGGCUCGUUCGGGAUAGCCCCCUUAGUUCCAGUGAAGGGACAUCUUAUUGCUACAGCAUACAAUGACAUUCUAGACGAUUCUGUGCUUCCAACUUUGUGGCAAUAGUUUGGGGAAGGCCCUUUACUGUUUCAGCAUGACAAUGCCCCUGUGCACAAAGCGAGGUCCAUACAGAAAUGGUUUGUCGAGAUCGGUUUGGAAGAACUUGACUGGCCUGCACAGUGUCCUGACCUCAACCCCAUCGAACACCUUUGGGAUGAUUUGAACGCCGACUGGGAGCCAGGCCUAAUCACCCAACAUCAGUGCCCGACCUCACUAAUGCUCUUGUGGCUGAAUGGAAGCAAGUACCCGCAGCAAUGUUCAUCUAGUGGAAAGCCUUCCCAGAAGAGUGGAGGCUGUUAUAGCAGCAAAGGGUGGACCAACUCUAUAUUAAUGCCCAUGAUUUUGGCAUGAUAUUUUCGGUGAGCAGGUGUCCACAUACUUUUGACCAUGUGUCAAUAAAUAUUGAAGCACAAUUAAAUGAUUUGAGUGUUUUAAUGAGAAAUGACUAAAGGUUCAUGAAUAAAAAAAAAUUGGAGUGUUCCCUGCUCAGUCAUGCACAAUGUACUCCCAAAAAUGUGAGUCAUUAGGUGAGACAAAAAUGUUCAGCUGCCCCUUUAAGGGGCGGGCAAUUACCGUGGUAACGGCACUCCAUGUCUGUCAGAGAUGAGAAUCUCAGUGUCUGCGCUAGCAGCAGACAGUUGCAGGAAACUCAAACUAAUAUUGAAAAACACCCUUGCGUUUGAACAAAACGAUUUAACUAGCCGAGAAACAUGAGGACAAAGUCACACUUUAGUAGUCUUUCAGGUCAAUUCAACCAACUUCUACAUUUGGCCUUUGGAAAUAACUGUUCCCAAAUGCUGUGUGUUACCACCCGCCAACUUGGCUGGUGAAAUAGACAUUCUUACCCGCCUGUUAAUUUCCCACCCUGUUUACAACCAUUGAGAUUCAUAGUCAGAUCCGACAGCAGAUCUCGUUUUUUCUUGGGACCUAGAACUAGCAUAUCUGUUUGGUCCGAGUUUAAAAGUAAAACAUUUGCCGCCAUCUACAUCCUUAUGUCACAGAGGCUUCCAGUGUACGUAAUUUUGGGGCUUCACCAUGUUUCAUAGAAAUGUACAGCUGUGUGUUGUCUGCAUAGCAGUGAAAUGACAUCACCAAGAGGUAGCAUAUAGAGUAAAAACAAUAGUGGUCCUAGAACGGAACCUUGAGGAACACUGAAACUUACCAUUGAUUUGUCAGAGGACAAACCAUCCACAGAGACAAACUGAUAUCUUUCCGACAUAUAAGAUCUAAACCAGACAAGAACUUGUCCCUGUCGACCAAUUAGGGUUUCUAAUCUCUCCAAAAGAAUGGGGUGAGUAGCGUUUUAAGUGUUUUCCACAAAAUGUAAAAUGGCAGAAAAUCCAUCAUGGUGGACCUUAUGGGUCCCUGAAGCAAAUUUGUUCCUUGUGAGAAGAGGGACCUAUGUAUCGAAUUUUAUGACUUUAGAUCAAACGGGCUGAUGGGCGUGACCUUUCAAAGUUAGCAUUUUCAGUCCUUUAAUAUAGCGCCACCAUCUGGCCAAUCAGUGUAAUUGUGUAAAUGCCUGAUCGCUAUGGCAAGACACAUCAUUCACUCAAGUUUCGUCAUAAUCGGGCUAGUGCUGUCUUGAGAUAGCGCAUGUGACUAAAGUACGAACGGACAGAGACAGAUCCACAGUCCCCUCCCCGAUUUCAUGAUGGGGGACAGUGAAGCAAAUUGUAUAAAGAGGGUGGAAUAUGCAUGAAUGGGAUAACAGAUGCACGGAUGGAUGGCUGGAUGAAUGAAUAAGGUGCAUGUUUGGUGAAGUUCUUGAGAUGAACAGUAGGGGGAGUCAGUACAGCAGCAAUCAAUCCACUUGUUUUCUGGCCCUAACCAGAUAGACAGUUAACUUGUCUUCUGGGCCUAACCAGAUAUACAGUAAGCCUGUCUUCUGGGCCUAACCAGAUAUACAGUAAGCCUGUCUUCUGGGCCUAACCAGAUAUACAGUAAGCCUGUCUUCUGGGCCUAACCAGAUAUACAGUAAGCCUGUCUUCUGGGCCUAACCAGAUAUAAAGUAAGCCUGUCUUCUGGGCCUAACCAGAUAUACAGUAAGCCUGUCUUCUGGGCCUAACCAGAUAUACAGUAAGCCUGUCUUCUGGGCCUAACCAGAUAUACAGUAAGCCUGUCUUCUGGGCCUAACCAGAUAUACAGUAAGGCUUUAUUGGAGGCCAGGUCAGGGGCCCAUAGGGGUCUAGUCAAAAGUAGUGCACUGUAUAGGGAAUACGGUGCCAUCUGGGAGACACAUCAGGGUUCCCAAUUGUUAAAGAAUUUCUGGGAUGUCAUGUAAUUAUUUUAUUUUUAUUUUUUGGUCAUUUAGCAGACACUCUUAUCCAGAGUGACUUACAUGAGCAAUUAGGGUUAAGUACCCUGCUUAAGGGCACAUCGACAGAUUUUUCACCUAGUCGGCUCGGGGAUUAGAACCAGCGACCUUUCGGUUACUAUUCAUUCCCAACUGGGAUGUUCAUUCCCAACGGGGGUGUAAUAAACGUAUUUCUGCAAUCGUGGAAAAGGGGAGGGUAAUAUUUUCCAGUUGGGGUGCCAAGACACCACACAAUGGUACACAACAGACCACACAGAACACCAUGCAUUUGAUUUGCAUAGUCACUUAUUUUACAGCCUUACGCCAUCAACUGUUUGACAGCUCUCAGAGCCAUUCUACAACAGCCAUUCUACAACAACAGCCAGCAAGCAUGAUGGCUGGUAUUGUUACUCUGGAUAUGGCGGUGUAAUUUGUUCAGGUUUAUGAAGCUGUGAGAUGGAGACAGAGGAUGUGUCCCAAAUGCCACCCUAUUCCCUAUAUAGUACUCUACUUAACCGUUGACCAGGAAGGCCCAUAGGGCUCUGGUCAAAUGUAGUACACUAUUUAGGGAAUAGGGUACCAUUUGGGACGCACCCAGAGCCCUAUGGGCUCCGGUGUAUGAUAAAACAUUCCUUGCUGUGUGUGUAUCUUCAGCGGUAACAUACAAUGACCAGUGUUUUUCCAGCCCCUAGGCCGAUGUGUUACGAAGACACUGGCAUGAACACAAGCUCCCCAGUCCAGUGUACAUGUUUUGUACGUGCUGUACUGACCUUAUUGAAUAAGGUUCUGAUUGUGUGGAUGGCUGAGCAUGGCUGUAAGCAGGGGCUAUAAAACUGACGUACAGAUAGCUGUGCAGAUAGCAGUGUACACACAUGUACAUGUAAUGUAGCAGUGUUUCCCUUAUCAUUGGAUAGGCAGGACAGGCCCCUGUUCCCUUUGAUCUUUGUGUCGUAUCUAAAAUAAUUGGUUUCAAUUUAAAUGUUUUGGUUAAAGAGGCCUUGGAAGUUGAUUUGGAGGACUUGGCUGUCUGAGUAGCCUCCACAGGAGGGUCCACCUUGAUUAUGUCAAUAGCUGAGUCUACCUAUACCUUAAGGGUUAGAGUUAGUCUAUCUAUAUAUUUAGAGUUAGGGUUAGCUGAGUCUGUCUAUAUAUUUAGAGUUAGGGUUAGCUGAGUCUAUCUAUAUAUUUAGAGUUAGGGUUAGCUGAGUCUAUCUAUAUAUUUAGAGUUAGGGUUAGCCCCUCUAGUAAUUUAAUAGUAUCUCUAUGGUCCACCUAUACCUUUAGGGAGACAUUUAACGUGGUGUAAAAGCUUUUCUUCAACAAUUAAAAAGAGUUGACUAUUUAUGUAUUGCUCAGUUUACUACACUAGUUAAAUAAUCACCUCCUUUUAACGCACAUCGUUGAAGAAAAGUUUCAAAUUAAAUCACGCUGCCAGAUUACAAUGAGGUUUAUGGUAAAUGUUGCACUAAACACAAUGCUUUUUCACCGCAUCACCAUUCCUAUGCUCUUCUCAGGUGUGAAGCAGAACCCUGGGGGGUCCCAGAGUGGGCGGGCCGUCACCCCUCUGAAUGUCCUCCACCGGAAGAACCCUUACGGGGAGACUGUACUCCACGUUGCAGUCAUGCGGGGAGACACCCAGAGGGUCAGAGGCAUGCUGUCACAGGGCCCCGACGUCAACAUGGCCGACAACGCAGGUAAGAUAUCAGAGGAGGGUGGUGGGCUGCAAUCUGUCACUUCAGUUAGGUUCAAUAAACUUUUAUAGAUACUGACACACAGGGCCUAACAUUUAAACCCGCCACCUGCCACCUAGGGGUAGAUUCUGGCAUUGGCGGGUAAGAUGUCUAUUCCACCAGCCACAUUGGUUGGUGGGUGGUCAGGGCUCCACAGUGUGAGCAUUUCACUCGCAUUUGUGAAUAAAAAUAGUCAAGUAUGAUCACAUUUAUAGUAAAACAAAUGCUGCAGUAGCUGUUUUCAAAGUAAUUCUGCUGUUUUGUUUCACAACUGAUAAAUUAAAUCGCACAAAGUCAAAGAACUAUGAAUCCUAUAUACCCUAUCCCACCUCGAGCUGCAACACUGCCAGGCUGGGAGCUGUGCACACGUGAAGAGCUGAGUUCAAGAUUCAUUUUUAGAAGCGCUGCGCACAGACAUAAAAGUUGGUCUAAUUUACUUGAAACGAACGUCUACUGAAGUGAGACUUUGUCCUUGUGUUUCUAUGGCUAUUUACCUUGUUUUGUUCACAAGUUAGGCUGUUUUUCACUGCUUGAGUUUCAACUGCUAGGGAAGAGAAGACAAUGCUGGUACUAGUCAGACUCUCAAUCUCAAAGGCACAAACAUGACUGAGUGUCACGCCCUGGCUCUGGGGACUCUUAAAUGUUGAGCCAGGGUGUGGAUUUUCAUUGUUUAGUUUUCUAUGUUUUUCGUUCUAGAUCAGGGGUGUCAAACGUCCGGCCCACGGGCCGGACCAGGCCCGCAAACGGGUUUAAUCCGGCCCGCGAGAUGAUAAAAAUAAAAAAUAUUUUUUUUUUUUUAAAUAAUUUGUAAAGUAUAAAAAUGCGAUGCAAUUUUUCAAUAAAAUAAACUGCUGUUCCAAUUGCGUCCACUGGAUGGCGCAAUAGCAAUUGUGUUAAGCAAGCAAACUGUUUAUACCGGGGCAGAGCAAGUAGGUCAAGCACGUGCAGCCAAUGAGGUACUUUGUUUUGCCCGCGAUAUUUAUUACGGCUUCUACUUUUAACAUUAUGUGCUUUGGCACCCUCAUUGCCCCAAUAUGUCUCUGUCAAAAAAGAGAAAAGUGGACGCAGAGUGCAGAGUGUUCCAAGAAAAAUGGUCAUCCUAUUUAUGCUGAAAGAAUAUAACCUUCGUCGCCACUAUGUGAGUCUUCAUGCCGACAAAUAUGACAACUUUCAAGGACAGCGGAGAUGAGAGAAGGUGAAUGAACUGUUGGCGGGUCUGAAGAAACAGCAGUCUGUGUUUACUCACAGCCGAGACAUCAGUGAUGCUGCAGUGAAAGCUAGCUACCUCAUUGCUAAUGAAAUCGCAGUGGCUUCAAAACCAUUUAGUGAGGGUGAAUUUGUAAAAACAUGCAUGAUGAAGGCAGCGGAGAUUGGGUGCCCUGAAAAGCGGCAGGCUUUUGCAAAUAUCAGCCUGACAAGAAACACAGUUGCAGACAGGAUUUCCGAUCUUUCAGUGGAUUUGGACAGCCAGUUGAAGCAAAAAGUAAAGUCAUUUAUUGCGUUUUCGGUUGCAAUUGAUGAAAGCAUGGACAUUACAGAUGUUGCACAACUGGCCAUUUUCAUCCGCGGAGUUGAUGACACAUUGACCGUCACAGAGGAGUUCGUGGAGUUGGUGCCGAUGACAGAUACAACGACAGCAGCUGAUAUUUUUACCGCACUCGUCGGCGCGCUGGACAGGGUCGGAGUGGACUGGUCCCGCGCUGUCAGCCUGGCUACAGAUGGUGCGCCCUCAAUGAUCGGGGAAAAAGGCAGGCGUUGUGACAAAGUUCAGAGAGAAAGUGCAAUCUGCAAAUGGAGGACGUGAUUUUUUGACUUUUCACUGUAUUUUGCACCAGGAGGCUUUGUGUUGCAAGUCAUUAAAGAUGGAUAACGUCAUGAAGGUGGUCAUCCAAACUGUUAAUUUCAUCCGAUCCAGAAGCCUGAAUCACCGUCAGUUUGACAGCCUUCUCAGAGAGAAAGACCACAUCUAUGGCCUGCCAUACCACACUGAGGUAAGAUGGUUAAGCCGAGGUGCUGUGCUGAGGCGUUUCUUUGAUUUACGAGAAGAAAUUGAACAGUUCAUGGAAGAAAAGGGCAAACCAGUGUUAGAAUUUCAUUCCGCAGAAUGGAUGCAGGACCUUGCAUUUAUGGUGGAUGUUACAGAGCACCUGAAUAACUUGAACAAACAGCUGCAAGGGCGCAACAAAGUUGUCACGCAGUAUUAUGACAGCAUACGUUCUUUCAAGUUGAAGCUGUCAUUGUGGGAGACGCAACUUGCCGGUGGUGGUGCAGCUCACUUCCCCUGUCUGAAAAAUGUGUGCGCGACCCAACAUGUGGCAGACAUGAAGCGGUUCAAAGAUAAAAUAACGGGACUGUUACGGGAGUUUGAGCAACGCUUUCAGAUUUAUGUUUAUAUGUUUUUAUGUUGAGGUGCUAUUGUUUUUAAUUGAUUUUAUUUUAUUUGUAUAUUUAACCUAUUAUUGACUCUGUGGUUCUUGCACUUGUUUGGGGAACAGGAUUUCAUUAUUUUUAUCUACAUUUCUGCCUGAGAAAUGACACCCUGAUAUAGUUCUGUGAUCUGUGAUAUACUUCUGUGAAUCACUGAGGCAUUGUGUGUUUGUGUGUUCUUUGUCCUCAGAACUUUCAAAUAACUUGAGGUGUUUUAUGAUUAAUAGUGAUGUUGUGCUUUUGGACACUGUCCUCAGGCUCCAGCUUUAUGUUUAUAUGUUUUUAUGUUGAUGUGCUAUUGUUUUUAAUUGAUUUUAUUUUAUUUGUAUAUUUAACCUAUUCUUGACUCUGUGGUUCUUGCACUUGUUUGGGGAACAGGAUUUCAUUAUUUUUAUCUACAUUUCUGCCUGAGAAAUGACACCCUGAUAUAGUUCUGUGAUCUGUGAAACAGUUCUGUUAAUCACUGAGGCAUUGUGUGUUUGUGUGUUCUUUUUCUUUAGAAUUUUCAAAUAAACUUGAUGUGUUUUAUGAUUAAUAGUGAUGUUGUGCUUGUACUAUUUUGGACACACUGUCCUCAGGCUCCAGCUUUAUGUUGUAUGUUGAUCGUAUUAAAACAAAGAAAACAAUCUGAAGUUGUUGUUUUUAAGUUAUAUAUACCAUGAUUUUUCCGGUCCGGCCCACUUGGGAAUAGAUUUUCCUCCAUGUGGCCCCUGAGCUAAAAUGAGUUUGACACCCCUGUUCUAGAUUGUGUAUAUCUAUGUUGGCCAGGGUGGUUCCCAAUCAGAGACAGCUGUAGCUCGUUGUCUCUGAUUGGGGACCAUACUUAGGCAGCCUUUUGGCAUGUUAGUUUUGUGGGAUCUUGUUCCGUAAGGUUUUGUGUAUAACCUAGGACUUCACGUAUCGUUUGUUUAUUGUUUUGGUUCGUGUUGUGUACGCUAUAAAGAAUGUACGCUUAUCACGCUGCGCCUUGGUCCGCUUCAUCUGUCAACGAUCGUGACAGAAGAUCCCACCAAGAGAGGACCAAGCAACGUGCCCAGGAGGAGAAGUUGGCGAUGUCCCAGGUGGGCGAAUGGUGGUCUUGGGAGGACAUAUUCGCGGGCAGAGGGCCAUGGGCAAAAGUAAAUGCCCAGGCAGGAGAGGAGAAACGGCGCCAACCGUGCCGACGACGGACACGCGAGAGGCAACCCCAAGUAAUUUUUUGGGGGGGGCACACGGCGUGGACAACGGGGCUGCUGGAGGCAGCUACAGGGCGAAUCGGCGGACUAGGAGAGGAGGCCACCAGGUUUGGGGGGCUGGAAGGGUGGUUGGCGGAGCCUAGAGGUAGAGCAGAGCCAACUCCCCGUACUCAGGCUAGGCAGCGUGAGACUGGGCAGGUUCCGUGUUAUGCGGAGCCACGUACUGUGCCGCGAGUGUUCCGGCACAGUCCUGUGCUAGCACCACGCACGUGUUGUGCUAAGGUGGGCAUGCAGCCAGGACGGAGUGUGCCGGCUCAACGCUCGUGGCCUCCAGUACCCCUCCUCGGUCCCGGAUAUCCUGCGCCAGUGCCACGUGCUGUAGUGCCAGUACGAGUGCACAGCCCUGUACGUCCUGUGCUGAUGCCUCACACAGAUUGUGUGGAAAUAGGCAUUCAGCCAGGACGGGUUGUGUCAGCUCUCCGCUCCAGACCUCCAGUCCGUCUCCACAGUCCAGCCCGGCCUGUUCCUGUCCCUCGCACCAAGCCUGUAAGUGCACGUCGCCAGCCCGGUCCUGCCUGUUCUUGUCCCUCGCACGAAACCAGUGGUGCGCGUCGCCAGCCCUGGUCCGGCCUGUUCCUGCUUCCCGCACCAAACCAGUGGUGCGCGUCGCCAGCCCGGUCCGGCCCGUUCCUGCUCCCCGCACCAAGCCAGUGGUGCGCGUCGCCAGCCCGGUCCGGCCUGUGCCUGUCACUCGCACCAAGCCUGUGGUGCGCGUCGCCAUCCCGGUCCGGCCUGUUCCUGGUCCCUCGCACCAAGCCUGUGGUGCGCGUCGCCAGCCCGGUCCGGCCUGUUCCUGCUCCCCGCACCAAGCCAGUGGUGCGCGUCGCCAGCCCGGUCCGGCCUGUUCCUGUCCCUCGCACCAAGCCUGUGGUGCGCGUCGCCAGCCCGGUCCGGCCUGUUCCUGCUUCCCGCACCAAGCCUGUGGUGCGCGUCGCCAGCCCGGUCCGGCCUGUUCCUGCUCCCCGCACCAAGCCUGUGGUGCGCGUCGCCAGCCCGGUCUGUUCCUGCUCCCCGCACCAAGCCUGUGGUGCGCGUCGCCAGCCCGGUCUGUUCCUGCUCCCCGCACCAAGCCUGUGGUGCGCGUCGUCAGCCCGGUCCGGCCUGUUCCUGCUCCCCGCACCAAGCCAGUGGUGCGCGUCGCCAGCCCGGUCCGGCCCGUUCCUGCUCCCCGCACCAAGCCAGUGGUGCGCGUCGUCAGUCCGGCACGGCCCGUGCCUGUUCCACCGGUGCCUGGUCCGGCACCGGGCAGCUGCUCCACUCCGGAGCCAGAGCAAUCCGCUCCAUCGGUGUCCAGUCCAGCUCCGGCCAGCGGGACCAGAUCAGGGGCGCUACGGGGGGGUGGAGAGAGAGUGGUGGUCACGCCCGGAGCCGGAUCCGCCUCCGAGGCGGAAUGCCCACCCGGCCCCUACCCUCUUGUGUUUGGUUGGCGUGGUCGCAGUCCGCGCCUUUAGGGGGGGGGGUACUGUCACGCCCUGGCUCUGGGGACUCUUAAAUGUUGAGCCAGGGUGUUGAUUUUCAUUGUUUAGUUUUCUAUGUUUUUCGUUCUAGAUCGUUUAUAUCUAUGUUGGCCAGAAUGUUUCCCAAUCAGAGACAGCUGUAGCUCGUUGUCUCUGAUUGGGGACCAUACUUAGGCAGCCUUUUGGCAUGUUAGUUUUGUGGGAUCUUGUUCCGAAAGGUUUGUGUUGUAACCUAGGACUUCACGUAUCGUUUGUUUAUUGUUUUGGUUCGUGUUGUGUACACUAAAUAAAGAAUGUACGCUUAUCACGCUGCGCCUUGGUCCGCUUCAUCUGUCAACGAUCGUGACACUGAGUUGCGUUACCAAGGUAACCUCCCGCCCUUAAAGGGUCAGGGGAAAAUUGUUGUCUUAUCUGUGAUAUUUUGGUUAAACAAUAUACCACAUUACUUCUUACUGGUAAUACAUUUAUUGUGUUCGAAAUAUUACAAAGCAUGCUCAUCCAUUUGUUGUGUGUUUUGUUGGUGUAAAUGUAGCACUAAAAAAUAAUAAUUGUCUGGUAAAAAAAAAUCUGAGUGGCUGGUAGAUUUUAAAAUCUACCUGCCACAGUGGUUGGUGCACCAAAAUGUUAAUUUUAGGCCCUGCUCACACACAACGCAGGAAAAGACACUGGACUGGAGGGGGUACAUUUAUGGACAUGGUUUCCUUUUUAUACUUUUAUUGAUAUUUUUCUUUAAACAAUGAUUGAAUAGAAUAUAAAUGUUUUGUCCAUUGAAACUGACAUUUACCUUUUUUGCUGUUUGUCUAUUUUACGAGUAGGGUCAUUUCCUGUGUAUAGUGAUGCAGGAAUUAAUUCAGUCAUCCUGAACAGACUUGAAUGAAAUGAAUAGAGCAUCUCUCUAUGCUGUGACCAUCAGUUGUUGCUUUAUUGUCUCUCACAGGUUGGACUCCUCUUCACGAGGCUGUGUCCCACGGUCACUAUGAGAUCAGUAAAGACCUGAUCCAGACAGGAGCUCUGGUCAACUGUAUUGGAGACAAUGGAACCACGCCUUUACAUGAUGCUGUAGUGACAGGGACACCUGCAGGUACAUAUGCCGUACAUGGUCUUCUCCUUGGCACUGACGCCCUAGGCUUACUUGUGUGUUUGUGCUGCAUAUAAGAUAAUAUUGUUUUGUGUGUGUGUCCCAGAUAGCAGAGCUGCUGUUGAAGCACGGGGCAGACCCUCUACUGAAGAACAACAACGGGCAGACAGCCUAUAGCAACACCACAGAACCCUCUCUGAUCAAACUCAUGGAGAACAACAUCCCCAAGAACAAGAGAAAGGCACUAGCAGGUCUGGACCUUUUCCGUAACCAAGGGUGUGUCCCAAAUGGCACCCUAUUCCCUUUAUAGUGCACUACUUUGGGCCAGGUCCCAAAUUAAAUAGGCCAACAUGUUUGUUCUCUCUAUGUCUCUUGUAGGGAGAAGCGGGGAGCAGUCAGGAGCUGGAGGACCCAUGUAAGUUGGCGGUGGGGGAAAGUGGCUGAGGUUUACACAUCUAGCCUACCAUAACCAGAAAGCCCCAUUGUCAUAGGCACAUUUCAUAUCACCUAGGCUAUACAUGUGGCUCAGUUGGUAGAGCAUGGUGCUUGAAACGCCAGGGUCGUAGGUUCCAUUCCUGCUGGGGCCACACAUACGAAAUUUGUAUGCAUGCAUGACUAAGUUGCGUUAGCUAAAUAGCAUAUUUUUAUAUAUUACACAACAAACCCCUGUGAUUCUUGUAGUACAUUGUUGAUGAUUGAUUAACAUUUGUCUAAGUCAACAAACUAAGUCAACAAACUAAGUCAACACAAUGUCAUAUAAGAGCUAUAGCCCUUUGUUAAUACUAUAGGUCUAAAUAGGUCUGAGACAGGACUCUCCAACCCUGUUCCUGGAGAGCUACCCUUCUGUAGGUUUUCACUCCAACCCCAGUUAUAACUAACCUGACAAUGACAUUGCUCAUCCAUAUAUUUAUAUAUUCUUAUUCCAUUCCUUUACUUAGAUUUGUGUGUAUUAGAUAUUUGUUGUGGAACUGUUAAGAUAUUACUUGCUAGGAAAUUUAAAUAAUGCAUUCCAACCUCUGGAUUUUUCUAACCUUUCUGGACUAUACAACAAAAUUAUGAUGGUCCUCUGUAGCUCAGCUGGUAGAGCACGGCGCUUGUAACGCCAAGGUAGUGGGUUCGAUCCCCGGGACCACCCAUACACAAACAUGUAUGCACGCAUGACUGUAAGUCGCUUUGGAUAAAAGCGUCUGCUAUAAUAAUAAUAAUAAUAAAGCACAUGCGUUAAUUAAUAUUACUGCACUGUUGGAGCUAAAAGCACAAGCAUUUCGCUACACUCGCAAUUACAUCUGCUAACCAUGUGUAUGUGACCAAUACAUUUGAUUUGAUUUGAUUUUUGAUUUGAUUCAGCUUCUCAAAUCAAAUCAAAUGUUAUCUGUCACAUACGUCGAAUACAACCAGUGUAGACCUUACCGUGAAAUGCUUACUUACAAGCCCUUAACCAACAAUGCAGUUCAAGAAAAUAGUUAAGAAAAUAUUUACUAAAUAAAAUAAAAUAAAGUAAAAAAUAAAAUAAAAAGUAACACAAUAAAAUAACAAUAACGAGGCUAUAUACAGGGGGUACCGGUACCGAGUCAAUGUGGCGGGGGUACAGGUUAGUCAAAGUAAUUUGUACAUGUAGGUAGGGGUAAAGUGACUGCAUAGAUAAUAAACAGGGGGGAGUCAAUGUAAAUAGUCUGGGUGGCCAUUUGAUGAAUUGUUCAGCAGUCUUAUGGCUGGGGGUAGAAGCUGUUAAGGAGCCUUUUGGACCUAGACUUGGCGCUCCGGUACCGCUUGCCGUGCGGUAGCAGAGAGAACAGUCUAUGACUAAGGUGGCUGGAGUCUUAGAAAACAUUUUGGGCCUUCCUCUGACACCGCCUAGUAUAUAGGUCCUGGAUGGCAGGAAGCCAUCCAGGACCUGGUACUUCCUGCUUUAGUUUUUGCUUUUAAGCAGGAAUCAGGAGGAUAGAAUUAUGGUCAGAUUUGCCAAAUGGAGGGCGAGGGAGAGCUUUGUAUGCGUCUCUGUGUGUGGAGUAAAGGUGGUCUAGAGUUGUUUUCCCUCUGGUUGCACAUGUGACAUCAGGCGAACAAUACCUCGAGACUUCUGUAGACUUCUGUGGUCCUCUGUAGCUCAGCUGGUAGAGCACGGCGCUUGUAACGCCAAGGUAGUGGGUUCGAUCCCCGGGACACCCAUCACAAAAAAAAUUAUGCAACGCAUGACUGUAAGUCGCUUUGGAUAAAAGUGUCUGCUAAAUGGCAUAUUAUUAUUAAUACUUCCUUAAUAUUAGACAUCGCGCACCAGCUGUUAUUGACACACACCCCCUCCCCUCGUCUUACCAGACAUGACUGUUCUGUCCUGCCGAUGCACGGAAAACCCAGCCAACUGUAUAUUAUCCGUGUCGUCGUUCAGUCAUGACUCGGUGAAACAUAAGAUAUUAGAGUUUUUAAUGUCCCGAUGGUAGGAUAGUCUCGAACGGAGCUCAUCCAGUUUAUUCUCCAGUGAUUGCACGUUGGCCAAUAGAAUGGAUGGAAGUGGCGCGUUACCCACUUGCCGACGAAUUCUCACAAGGCACUCCGAUCUCCGCCCCCUGUAUUUCUGUCUUUUCUUCACGUGAAUGACGGGGAUUUGGGCCUGGUCUCGGAGAAGCAGUAUAUCCUUUGUGUCGGACUCAUUAAAUAAUACAUCUUUGUCCAGUUCGAGGUGAGUAAUCGCUGUUCUGAUGUCCUGAAGCUCUUUUCGGUCAUAAGAGACGGUAGCAGCAACAUUAUGUAGAAAAUAAGUUACAAGCAAUGCGAAAAAACACACAAAAUAGCACAGUUGGUUUGGAGCCCGUAAAACGGCAGCCAUCCCCUCCGGCACCAUUAUAUCAACAAGUGAAUUACUAGAAUCAGGUGUGCUAGAUUAGGGUUUGAGUAAAAACCUACAGGACUGUAGCUCUCUAGGAACAGGGUUGGGGAGCCCUGGUCUGGGGUAUAUUAGGCUAAUAUCUGUUGUCUGUAAAGGAGAGCGUUGAGGUCAGUGUCCAAGGGCACUGUGUCCAGGAACAUCCCUGGGGGGUCCCAGAGCGGGCGGACCGUCACCCCUCUGAAUAUCCUCCACCGGAAGAACUGUUACGGGGAGACUCUACUCCACGUUGCAGCCAUUCAGGGAGACAUCCAGAGGGUCAGAGACAUGGUGUCACAGGGGCUCGACGUCAACAUGGCCGACAACGCAGGUAAGACAUAUAAACUCAGCAAAAAAAGAAACGUCCCUUUUUCAGGACCAUGUCUUUCAAAGAUAAUUCGUAAAAUUCCAAAUAACUUCACAGAUCUUCAUUGUAAAGGGUUUAAACACUGUUUCCCAUGCUUGUUCAAUGAACCAUAAACAAUUAAUGAACAUGCACCUGUGGAACGGUCGUUAAGACACUAACAGCUUACAGACGGUAGGCAAUUAAGGUCACAGUUAUGAAAACUUAGGACACUAAAGAGGCCAUUCUACUGACUCUGAAAAACACCAAAAGAAAGAUGCCCAGGGUCCCUGCUCAUCUGCGUGAAUGUGCCUUAGGCAUGCUGCAAGGAGGCAUGAGGACUGCAGAAGUGGCCAGGGCAAUAAAUUGCAAUGUCCGUACUGUGAGACGCCUAAGACAGCGCUACAGGGAGACAGGACGGACAGCUGAUCAUCCUCGCAGUGGCAGACCACGUGUAACAACACCUGCACAGGAUCGGUACAUCCGAACAUCACACCUGCGGGACAGGUACAGGAUGGCAACAACAACUGCCCGAGUUACACCAGGAACGCACAAUCCCUCCAUCAGUGCUCAGGCUGUCCGCAAUAGGCUGAGAGAUGCUGGACUGAGGGCUUGUAGGCCUGUUGUAAGGCAGGUCCUCACCAGACAUCACCGGCAACAACGUCACCUAUGGGCACAAACCCACCGUCGCUGGACCAGACAGGACUGGCAAAAAGUGCUCUUCACUGACGAGUCGCGAUUUUGUCUCACCAGGGGUGAUGGUCGGAUUCGCGUUUAUCGUCGAAGGAAUGAGCGUUACACCGAGGCCUGUACUCUGGAGUGGGAUCGAUUUUUAGGUGGAGGGUCCGUCAUGGUCUGGGGCGGUGUGUCACAACAUCAUCGGACUGAGCUUGUUGUCAUUGCAGGUAAUCUCAACGCUGUGCGUUACAGGGAAGACAUCCUCCUCCCUCAUGUGGUACCCUUCCUGCAGGCUCAUCCUGACAUGACCCUCCAGCAUGACAAUGCCACCAGCCAUACUGCUCGUUCUGUGCGUUAUUUCCUGCAACACAGGAAUGUCAGUGUUCUACCAUGGCCAGCGAAGAGCCCGGAUCUCAAUCCCAUUGAGCACGUCUGGGACCUGUUGGAUCGGCGGGUGAGGGCUAGGGCCAUUCCCCCUAGAAAUGUCUGGGAACUUGCAGUUGCCUUGGUGGAAGAGUGGGGUAACAUCUCACAGCAAGAACUGGCAAAUCUGGUGCAGUCCAUGAGGAGGAGAUGCACUGCAGUACUUAAUGCAGCUGGUGGCCACACCAGAUACUGACUGUUACUUUUGACCCCCCCCUUUGUUCAGGGACACAUUAUUCAAUUUCUGUUAGUCACAUGUCUGUGGAACUUGUUCAGUUUAUGUCUCAGUUGUUGAAUCUUGUUAUGUUUAUACACAUAUUUACACAUUUUAUGUUUGCUGAAAAUAAACGCAGUUGACAGUGAGAGGACGUUUCUUUUUUUUGCUGAGUUUAACAGCCAUUUAUAUUGAACAAAAAUAAAAACGCAACUUGCAACAAUUUCAAUGAUUUUACUGAGUUACAGUUCACAUAAGGAACUCAGUCAAUUGAAAAAAAUUAAUUAGGCCCUAAUCUAUAGAUUUCACAUGAUUGGGCAGGGGCGCAGCCAUGGGUGGGCCUGGGAGGGCAUAGGCCCACCCACAGCCAAUCAGAAUACGUUUUUCCCCACAAAAGGGCUUUAUUACAGACAGAAAUACUCCUAAAUUUCAUCAGCUGUCCGGGUGGCUGGUCUCAUAUGAUCCCGCAGGUGACGAAGACAGAUGUGGAGGUCCUGGGCUGGCGUGGUUACACGUUGUCUGCGGUUGUGAAGCCGGUUGGACGUACUGCCAAAUUCUCUAAAACGACGUUGGGAGGCAGCUUAUGGUAGAGAAAUUAACAUUAAGUUCUCUGGCAACAGCUCUUGUGGACAUUCCUGCAGUCAGCAUGCCAAUUGCAUGCUCCCUCAAAACUUGAGACAUCUGUGGCAUUGUGUUGUGUGACAAAACUGCACAUUUUAGAGUGGCCUUUUAUUGUCCCCAGCACAAGGUGCACCUGUGUAAUGAUCAUGCUGUUUAAUCAGCUUCUUGAUAUGCCACACCUGUCAGGAUCAUAUUGGCAAAGGAUAAAUGCUAACUAACAGGGAUGUAAACACAUUUCUGCACAAAAUAUGAGAGAAAUAAUAUUUUUGUGAAUGUGGAACAUUUCUGGGAUCUUUUAUUUCUGCUCAUGAAGCAUGGGGCCAAUGCUUUACAUGUUGCGUUUAUAUUUUUGUUCAGUAUAGUUUAAAUUUAGUUCAAUAUACUUAACAGAUACUCACACACAACACACAUCAAUAAUAUUCCAGCUAUUACAGUGAUUUUACACUGCUAAGAGUUAAUAUUAUUGUACAUUUAUGGCGUGUUAACAAUUAUGAAAAUAUAGUUUUUUUUACUUCCUGCUUUUACUUCCUGCUUUGCUCCUAUGGGUACACUUGCAGUGGCCGCCAGUCCAGCCAUUAUGCCAUCAUUGACUUGAAUGGGGACUCCUUUUCUAUUCAUGAUUUUUCUAUGUGUACAGUAUUAGUUAUUCACAAAGGAAGGCUCAAUCAACAAGAAUGGAGUCCUUGGGAGUGACCAGGUUUUCCCACAUAAGAAAAUACUACAGUUUACUAUAGAGUACUACAGUACUUACUAUAUAAUUCUAUAGUAAAUGGUAGUAUACUGUAGAAUACUAUACUACACACUUGUAUCCCUCGAUCAUGUGUAGUACUUACUGUAGAAUGUUGUAGGAUACCGUAGAAUACGAUAGUAUUAUCUGCACAAAAAAACACUAGUAAAUACUACAGUAAUUUCAGCAAAAACACUGCAGUCCACCAAAACACUAUACUUUUAACUAUAUACCCUGCCCAUUCUCCUCCCCCAUAUCAUUGUUUUGUGCCAACCAUAACUGGGAAACCUACAUGCCAUGUAUAGACCAUAUUGUUUUCCCUACAGGUUAUAGAAGAGAGCAGAAGCUCUGAACUAUCAGACCCCAGUCCUACCUGUCUGUCUGUCUGUCUGUCUGUCUGUCUGUCUGUCUGUCUGUCUGUCUGUCUGUCUGUCUGUCUGUCUGUCUGUCUGUCUGUCUGUCUGUCUGUCUGUCUGUCUGUCUGUCAGUUAUGGAACAUUUGGUCUUUUAUUAUUUCUCCAGUAGGUUUCUUGAAGGAGAAAGCCUCCACUUCUAUGUCAAAGAUAAUAAAACAAAAACACUAUAGUAUUUACUACAGUCCUCAUAAAACACUACAGUAAGUACUAUAGUGUACUACAGUCCGCAGAAACACUACAGUAAAUACUACAGAAUACUGCAGUCCGCAAAAACUCUACAGUAAAUACUACAGAAUACUGCAGUCCGCAAAAACACUACAGCAAAUAUAGUACAGUCCGCAAAAACACUACAGGAUACUACAAUCUGAAAAAACACUACAGUAAUUACUAUAGUAUAUACUAGUUUUCUUUUACUACAGUAUUUAUACUAUAGUUAACUGUAAAUAGUACAGUAAAUACUACAGUAUUUUUGCGGACUGUAGUGUUUUUGCGGAAUACUACAGUAAAGUCCGCAAAAACACUACAGUGAAUACUAUAGUAUUUAUACUGUAAUAUACAGUGGGGAAAAAAAGUAUUUAGUCAGCCACCAAUUGUGCAAGUUCUCCCACUUAAAAAGAUGAGAGAGGCCUGUCAUUUUAAUCAUAGGUACACGUCAACUAUGACAGACAAAUUGAGAAUUUUUUUCUCCAGAAAAUCACAUUGUAGGAUUUUUAAUGAAUUUAUUUGCAAAUUAUGGUGGAAAAUAAGUAUUUGGUCACCUACAAACAAGCAAGAUUUCUGUCUCUCACAGACCUGUAACUUCUUCUUUAAGAGGCUCCUCUGUCCUCCACUCGUUACCUGUAUUAAUGGCACCUGUUUGAACUUGUUAUCAGUAUAAAAGACACCUGUCCACAACCUCAAACAGUCACACUCCAAACUCCACUAUGGCCAAGACCAAAGAGCUGUCAAAGGACACCAGAAACAAAAUUGUAGACCUGCACCAGGCUGGGAAGACUGAAUCUGCAAUAGGUAAGCAGCUUGGUUUGAAGAAAUCAACUGUGGGAGCAAUUAUUAGGAAAUGGAAGACAUACAAGACCACUGAUAAUCUCCCUUGAUCUGGGGCUCCACGCAAGAUCUCACCCCGUGGGGUCAAAAUGAUCACAAGAACGGUGAGCAAAAAUCCCAGAACCACACGGGGGGACCUAGUGAAUGACCUGCAGAGAGCUGGGACCAAAGUUACAAAGCCUACCAUCAGUAACACACUAUGCCGCCAGGGACUCAAAUCCUGCAGUGCAAGACGUGUCCCCCUGCUUAAGCCAGUACAUGUCCAGGCCCGUCUGAAGUUUGCUAGAGUGCAUUUGGAUGAUCCAGAAGAGGAUUGGUAGAAUGUCAUAUGGUCAGAUGAAACCAAAAUAUAACUUUUUGGUAAAAACUCAACUCGUCGUGUUUGGAGGACAAAGAAUGCUGAGUUGCAUCCAAAGAACACCAUACCUACUGUGAAGCAUGGGGGUGGAAACAUCAUGCUUUGGGGCUGUUUUUCUGCAAAGGGACCAGGACAACUGAUCCGUGUAAAGGAAAGAAUGAAUGGGGCCAUGUAUCGUGAGAUUUUGAGUGAAAACCUCCUUCCAUCAGCAAGGGCAUUGAAGAUGAAACGUGGCUGGGUCUUUCAGCAUGACAAUGAUCCCAAACACACCGCCCGGGCAACAAAGGAGUGGCUUCCUAAGAAGCAUUUCAAGGUCCUGGAGUGGCCUAGCCAGUCUCCAGAUCUCAACCCCAUAGAAAAUCUUUGGAGGGAGUUGAAAGUCCGUGUUGCCCAGCGACAGCCCUAAAACAUCACUGCUCUAGAGGAGAUCUGCAUGGAGGAAUGGGCCAAAAUACCAGCAACAGUGUGUGAAAACCUUGUGAAGACUUACAGAAAACGUUUGACCUGUGUCAUUGCCAACAAAGGGUAUAUAACAAAGUAUUGAGAAACUUUUUUUAUUGACCAAAUACUUAUUUUCCACCAUAAUUUGCAAAUAAAUUCAUUAAAAAUCCUACAAUGUGAUUUUCUGGAUUUUUUUUUCUCAUUUUGUCCGUCAUAGUUGACGUGUACCUAUGAUGAAAAUUACAGGCCUCUCUCAUCUUUUUAAGUGGGAGAACUUGCACAAUUGGUGGCUGACUAAAUACUUUUUCCCCCCACUGUAACAAAGUAUUGAGAAACUUUUGUUAUUGACCAAAUACUUAUUUUCCACCAUAAUUUGCAAAUAAAUUCAUUAAAAAUCCUACAAUGUGAUUUUCUGGAUUUUUUUUCCUCAUUUUGUCUGUCAUAGUUGACGUGUACCUAUGAUGAAAAUUACAGGCCUCUCUCAUCUUUUUAAGUGGGAGAACUUGCACAAUUGGUGACUGACUAAAUACUUUUUUUCCCCACUGUAUAUAUACUAUAGUAUUUUUUCAUGUUUGUCUGUUAUCUCAUGCAGGUUGGACUCCUCUUCACGAGGCAGUGUCCCACGGUCACUAUGAGAUCAGUAAAGACCUGAUCCAGACUGGAGCUCUGGUCAACUGUAUUGGAGACAGUGGAACCACGCCUUUACAUGAUGCUGUAGUGCAGGGACACCUGCAGGUAGGUACAUAUACAGUACGUGUCGCUAUAAACCAUGGACACCUACAUCCAAAUAAAGUACAGAAUCACUAAUGUCCUUUAGCACCCAGACGGAUUUAGUUUCAGUGUGUAUGCAUGUGUGUAUGUUUGUGUGAGAGAGAGAAAGACGGAGAAAUUGUAUGUGUGUGCGUGUGUAUUAGAGCUGGGCAAUAUUGACAAAAAUCCAUAUCGCGAUAAAUUGACUGAAUUAUCACGAUAAACAUAAAUUAAAUGAUAAGAUUCAUAAAACGACUAUUACUGCUUUGAAUGUUGUACCUAUCAAUUGUCCUUUUAACAAUCAUCCAUAUUAGCAAACUUAUUUCAUUUCAAACUUCACAUUUCUCUAUUAGGACCCUAUUCAUAGGUUGCAGCCUCAGUCACUCGGUCGUGUCACGUCAUUGUUAUGAACGUUCUCAAGCUUCCCUCUACCAGCCGCGCAAUAGUGGUGUCCUAAAGUCGUGAUAAAGCCCAGUCGUUCUGGACGGAGGCUAACGACUGUUUAGUAUAAAUUACACUAUAGUGCCUGGAAAUACUAUGGCAUUGCUAACAUAGUCAAAUAUUUUGUAGGAAACAACUUUGCCAGCAUUAUCAUGUUGUCAAAUUUACUUUAGACAGAUGGCAAUGUUGUCAUUAGCUAGCAAAGUACGUAAAAAAUAGCUACCAAUGCUAAUGGUUACUAGCUAAAAUCCGGUGGCCACCCCUCAAUCUUAGCUAGCUAGCUAUCGUUAUACGACCUCUAAAGUCAAUCUGGCAACAUCAAAAUGAUGACAAGGUUUUCCUACUAAUUAUUUGCCUCCUUUUGAAUGUCGUUGUAUUUCCAAGCCACUGUAAUGUACUUUUUAUGAAAUAUUCAUCAGCGCUCGUUGACGAUGCAUUGAGUAGAAUGCUCAGUCGGGCAUUAGUCCAAAACUAACAUUUAAAAAAAAAUAUUGUGACGGAACAUGCAACCCAUGAAUAGGUUAUUUAUCGUAAUGAACGAUAUCAGCAAAAUGUUCACGAUAAGUGGUCAGGUUGGUCGGUGUCGAAACAUUUCAGUUUAUCGUCCCAGCUCUAGUAUGCAUGCGUGUGUUUGCAAGUGUGAGCGUUACCUCUGUAAAUAUCAUACUAGGUCAGCUGUGGUUUUGCUGUGUGUGUCCCAGAUAGCAGAGCUGCUGUUGAAGCACGGGGCAGACCCUCUACUGAAGAACAACAACGGGCAGACAGCCUAUAGCAACACCACAGAACCCUCUCUGAUCAAACUCAUGGAGAACAACAUCCCCAAGAACAAGAGAAAGGCACUAGCAGGUCUGGACCUUUCCAUAAACUAACACCUUCUGUUGUUUCUUUGGUUUAGGUUUCUACCACAUGUUUUGCUAUUGUGUAUAUUAUUUCAUGGUAAAGCUAUAUUGUUCUAGGCCUGGGUGAGUUUCCUAAAAGCUUCGUAGCGCUGUCAUCUUUGGUCCAUUGACAAGGUGAUCUUAGUCCUGUUCUGUUCUGUUCUGUUUGUCCUAGCUCCAACAAGACGACCUGCAGACUCGUCCCAACUCAGCCCGUCCCAAAGUGGAACAGAGAGGAAGCUCAGGAGGUUAGCAGCACAGGCAGAUCAGACCAGCACUGACCAGGAGAGAUACCAGCAGAGAUGCACAACAACCAGGUCUGAAACCAGCAACACUGACCAGCAGAGACGCACAACAACCAGGCCUGAAACCAGCAACACUGACCAGCAGAGACGCACAACAACCAGGCCUGAAACCAGCAACACUGACCAGCAGAGACGCACAACAACCUCUCCUAAAGGUACUUGAACCAGGUGUAUGUGUGUGUGUCUGUAAAAACAGUCAUGUGUAUGUAUGGGCUGUAGUGCUCUUUCUAUCUCCUCCUGUCUCUCUGUCCAAUACAACUGAAGACUGGUUCACAUCUCUCCUCCUCAGGCAGACUAAAACCCCAGCCCCCUGUACUACAGUCAUUUACAUUUACAUUUUAGUCAUUUAGCAGACGCUCUUAUCCAGAGCGACUUACAGUUAGUGAGUGCAUACAUUUGUUUUCAUACUGGCCCCCCGUGGGAAUCGAACCCACAACCCUGGCGUUGCAAGCGCCAUGCUCUACCAACUGAGCUACACGGGACCCUAGAUGUAGGCCAACCCAACCCUUUCCUGUUACUUUUCCUGUCUGUAUGUAGGCCAACCCUUUCCUGUUACAUUUCCUGUCUGUAUUUAGGAUAGUCAUGUAUUCUGCCCUGUACUAGUCCCCAUCAUAGAACUAGCAUUACUAGGACGGACAUUCUACCAUUCUCCAUUGAGUGUACUCAUGAGUGUACCAACCAGUCAAAUCACUAUUGGGCUUUGUAGUUUCUAGUGAUUCGAUUUAUAUGGUCCUCACACAGACCUGGCCACCAGAAUAACCUCUCCUCCCCCUCCUCCUCCUCGCCCUCAACCAAUCCCAGAGGUCCUGAGGAGAAGGAGUCCGCUCUAUGUCCCCAACCCUGACCCAGAGGUACAAGGAGAGGACAGUGUUGCUAUUAGUGACAGCGAGCGCAUCGAACCAGAGGUACAAGGAGAGGACAGUGUUGCUAUUAGUGACAGCGAGAGUGACGAGACCAUUGACUAUACAGGAGAGGUUUUUAACUUCUCAUCGGAUGAAACAGAAGACUGGACUCAUGAAACCACGCUGGAGUACUAUAGAGAGGGAGCUGUGAGGAGCAGGGAGGACUCUGCUUGA